GGAAGUAGGAAGUGGGAAUCGACGGCCGCUCCCGCUGCCUGGGAGAGAGGCGGUGACUGCAGCGUGCGAGUUUGGGUGCUGCGGCUGAACAGGCGCCGGGAGCUCCGCCGAGAGUCCUGGAGCGGGAGGCUCCACGGAUAUUCUUCCCUCCCGCGCAAAGCAGCUCCAUCCGUUGGCCGGACUCUCCCGGCAUCUUUGCCGCAGCAUGGCCGAGUCCACUUCUACCGCGGGAGCCACCACGACCGUCACCGAGACGGAGGUGAUUGAGCCGGAAAAUCGUAGUCUCACUAUCAAAUUAAGAAAACGAAAACCAUCCAAGAAGGUGGAAUGGUCAAGUGACACGGUGGACAAUGAGCACUUGGGACGGAGAUCUUCCAAAUGCUGCUGCAUCUACGAGAAGCCCCGGGCUUUUGAUGAGAGCUCAACAGAGAGCGAGGAUGAGAACGAUGACGGCUGUGGCAAUGCCCAUUGCAUCCGAGGCCACAAAAGAAGCCAGAGGGGGAAGGCACAGUCUAAAGCAGGAGAUGCUGGACCAAAGGAGAACAACUCCAAGAAGGCGGAGCUACCUGAUCAAAACCACGCUGGGGCCAUGCAACACUGAACCAUACUUGGCCAUGGGGCAGAGAAGGAGCUCCUCAACUCUCCCCCAAAGGAGGACUGACACUGCCCCAACUGAGGCGAGGGAUGAAAAGAAGGGAAGGCCUAUACCUCCAGUUCUCAGCUGUCUUGUGCUGCCUUGACUGUGGGUAAGGGGGAGGGAGGGCACGCACACCCAGCUCCACGCCUGUCUUGUGUCAGUGCUGCUACUGUUGUCUCUAUCCAUCUGUGGCUGGUGAGUCUGUCUGAUGCCACCCAUCCUCACCCUACCCAACGAGGAAUGUAUUGACAGGACCUUCUUGGGUACUGUGGCUGAUUCUCCCCCCACCCCCCUGCAACUUAAUUAAAUAUUUGUUAUCAGUGAUGAAUAUGAUGGGGAGUAGGUCUGCUUUGAGAAGAGCAGUGAUGGAACUUCAACCAAGAUCUUUUCUCCUUCCCCUUGUCUUCCUCAGUAUUUCUGGUUUCUUCCUUUAUUGCAGGUUCCUUUCCCAUUGGUCCUUUUUUUUUAGCUCUGUGUAAGAAACCUACAAUCCACUGCUUGCAUUCUUCUUGUGUGCUGAGCCUGCAUCACUUUCACUGUCAGCUCCACUGCCUCCCACCUGCAGACUCACUCAUGCAAAAUUGCUCAACAUAAUGCUGCCUUAAAGAUGCAGUCAUCAGGUCUCUCCACUCUCUUAGGCUCCUAGUUCCUGGGAAAGGGUAGAUGUUGAUGCCACCUCAUCAAUGAUAACACGACAAUCUCCAUUUGUCUUCAGGUAUCUUCUUGAAAGGACAUUCCCCCCCGCCCCCGUGCUUUUUUUUUUUCUUAUAUAGACGUCUGUAAGAAUUCUUAGUAGUGGUAACGAAAGGAAUGGAGAGGGUACAAAGGACAGGGGAAGUGGUUGGAAACAUUGGGAGUCUUACUGAUUUGGGGUUGAGAGAAAUUUGAAAGAUGUAAAAGAUAUGAAUGUUGUAUUCAAAGGCACAGGCUGAUGUAUGGACUAAAAAAAAAAAAGUUGGGCCCAGUCUGAAAACCUACAAUUGAUGAAAUCCCCAUGGUCACCUUGCACAAUCCCUGUUAUAUUCCAUUGCUUGGACAGAAAUUCAUAUUAAAUACGACCUUUCUUGAAACCA